AUGGCCAGAUAUCAAUCAACAUCGCCAUCGGAGGAGUCGAGGAAGAAGACGCCUACAAAGUCCAAGCCCAAAUUCUCAGGCAGGGUACAUAUCCUCGGUUCUGGAAACAUGGGCGUAUUCAUUGCACACGCGCUUAGGACACGAGACUCUCCGCCACCAGUCAGCCUACUUCUGCAUAACUGGGGAAUGUACGAAGCAUUCAUGCAACGGAAAAAACGCAUCGCUAUCACCUACGAUGGUUUGGAUGAUAUUCAGAAGGGGUUCGACAUCGAAGUAAAUACUGGCCCUAACAAUAAGAGUGGCAAGUGGUAUCAGAUGCCACCUUUGUAUGGCCAAAAGUAUUACGAGGACGGUACCAAGAUCGCCGAGGAGGACAUGGCUGAGCCCGAGUUGACUCGAGAACCCAUCGACUGCUUGAUUGUCACUUGCAAGUCACAAUUCGCCUUUAUCGGUUUGCGCGCCUUGUUCCACCGCAUCACACCAGAUACAACAAUCCUAUUCCUUCAAAACGGCUUGGGCGUUGUUGAAAGAGUCAAUGAACUUCUCUACAAUGACCGAGGAUGGCAUCCACACUACAUGCAAGCUGUUCUCAGCCACCGCAUGGACAAGAAAGACGCCUAUGCAGUCAAGUUUCUCCAGACCGGAGCAAUUAGUCUUGCACCUGCAGCCACCCAGGCAAUUUCCAAGAUUCCCGCAGAAGAAGACACCAAUUGGCCACCGACAAUGAAAUACCUUACCCGCCUUUUCACCCUCACCCCGCCCUUGGUCGCCACGGCCAGUACAACCACAGACGUGCUCCAGUCACAGCUUGAGAAACUCGCCGUCAGAUGCGUCAUCGACCCGUUGACUGCAAUCAACGAUUGCAAGAAUGGCGAAUUGCUUCACUCGUACAGUUCCACGCGCAUCAUGCGAUUGCUUCUCUUCGAAAUAUCGAGCGUAAUAACCGCUCUGCCGGAGUUGCAAGGAGUUCCCGGGAUUGACGAUCGAUUCUCGGCGAAUCGUCUCCUCCGUCUAGUUACCCAGACGCUUCAUCGAAAUUCAGGAAAUACCAGCCCGAUGGUUCACGACGUGAGACUUCGGAAAUCAACGGAAGUGGAGUUCUUCAAUGGCUAUAUUGUUCGCCGUGGCCAAGAGGUUGGCAUCACAUGUACGAUGAACUACAUGAUCAAGCAUUUGGUCCAUUCCAAGAAGACCAUCAACAGGCGAGCGGAAGACGCUCAAAUUCCGAUUGAUACUGGUGAUGACGAGGGAAUCUACUUGACUGGCAAGCACGAGGAAGUGGAAAAUGAUGAAUUGGGAAUUGAGGACGAAUAUGUUUAG